AUGUCCCGUGCGUUCUGCAUCCCUGGCAUCCUCUUCCUUCUCUGUGCCUUUGUUCUCAACUUCCUCGUUUCCAUCUCCCUACCAUAUCUUACGGCGCUCGACAUCGCUCGCACGCACUUCGGUGAUGGCGCCAUUCAGCAGACGAACGUCCAGGGAAUCGCGGAGAUUCGAUUCGGCAUCUGGGCACCAUGCUACUAUAACACAAACGAUGACAGGACGUGCUUAAGGACCGGCCAUGGGUACAGCGUUGAAAUCGCCAACACAAGACAAACGGAGGCUAUCACCGUCAAAUCUUCGUGGACCCGCGGACUUGCAGUCCACCCUGUUGCCGCUGCUGCCACCUUCGUUGCGCUCCUGCUUUCCUUCUCCACCCACGUCACCGUGACGCUCCUCGCAUCUUUAGUCUCGUUCCUCGCGGCGUUAAUAACUCUGAUCGCAUUCGCCAUCGACAUCGCGCUCUACGCUCUCGUGAGGCAUGAGAUGAAGAAGCUAGAAAUCGGCGCUAAUACCAACACCGCCCCAGGUUUCUGGAUGACCCUCGUCGCACUGGUCCUUCUCCUCCUCGCUGGAUGCACUGUCUGCUUCGGACGCCGAAGGGACCGCCUUUCUGGUGCAACGACUACAUCCACCCAUACGAAGCCCUCGUUCUUGGAUCGCUUCCGCCGCACUAAGGCCUAA